UUCCUUUCUUCACGACACCCUCGUCCACGUUCUCUUCUUCUCGCGGCUGUAGGCGUCUUAGCUAAUAACCCUGUCUGGGGAAGCGCCUCGUUGUUCCCUUGCCGCCCUUUUUUAUAUUGUUCAUAUUACCUUGACGCUCUCCCGCUCGUUUUCUUGCUUAGCCCCCCCUCAUCCACGUUCCUCGACCAUUAGUCCUCCGUCUUCGUCGCCUUCUCCUGUCUUUGCUCUCUGAGACAGUCCGUACCAAUCAUGCCUCCCCAAUUGUUACCCGCUUCCGCUGCCGCCUUCGCGCCUCGCGCGUCCUCUGUCAAUGUUGUUCUGGGCUCCAAGGUCGAACCGUGGUUAACUCAGACCCUCAAGCGCAUCAACCGAGUUAAACGCCCGCUUAAUAGCGUACCUCAACACCAGAGAUGUCUCACAGAAACACUGUCAUCCCCCAACGCUAUAUGGAACCUGGCCUCCUUGUUACUUCCCAAGCACCCAGAGACCGAAUUGCAUGAGGAGUCGAAUACUGCCGUUGAAGUCAUGCGCAACUAUGGGUUUAUUUUUCUCGAGGCAUAUAUCGUUCAUGUUGACAUGGUGUUGCGAAACGAGGUCGCUUUCAAGUUAACUCCCGACACAAUAGAGGCUCUAAUCGAGCAUCACAAGGAUAUCUGUUGUGUCGAAGCCAAGGCCGCUUCCUAUGAUUGGCCGGAGAAGGAACAACACGCCAAGAAGCUCCACGACGAAUUUGUCCAGGCAAUUAAUAAGUACGUAUUCAGGACACAUGUUUCCGCCUUGGAAGGUCUGGAAGAAGAAGGAGCCGGAGAAUUGCUGUGCGGGAAGAGUGAAGAAGUCAAGAACAGUAUCAUGUCGCUAUUGAACAAACCACUGCUUCCACCGCCACCCAAGAUUGUCGACGUGAUCCGUCAGCCGCCUCUUUUACCCAGCUCACCUGCCAAUACAGCCAUCUGGUCUCAAACGACUCACUCACAAGGGAUACCAGCCCCAGUUGACUCAUGGCGAGUUCUCCCUUCGAGUCCGGCUGUAACUUCAACCUCGGUGGAUUCUACGUCGAUAUGGUCAAGCAUGGGUCUGCACGAGAUGGACUUGCCCUCUCCCGCCCCGUCGUUUAGCCAGCCAUUCUCUUCCGCAGGACUGUUCUACAGCUCACCGAUGGUUACCUCUCCAAUUCCGGCAUUGCCACUCCCGAGUAUGUUAGCCUCUCAUUGCGGUGUAACCACGGGCUAUGGUAGCUUUGGCUGGGACCGGUUUCAAGACUACCCUACGAUCAUGUGACAAUCACCGCCCAAGCCGGGGAAUCGCUAUCCCAUAGUGACAACCUCAUAAGCGUCAACUCUCCAUCAUGUUAGCGAUCUAGGUGCUUCAUUCCUCGACUCGGACAGAACACGCGGCGUAAUCCCAUCGCAUUCCAAAACAUUUUGGCGUUCUGCGUCGACCAGUGGCGACCUUGCGAACCAAACUACCGAGCAGCAUAAUUUCGAAGUUUGUUUAAUUUGUCGAUACGUUUAGCGAACGAGCGUCUGAUAUUCUUAUU